UGGUUGUAACUAUCUAUGGUUUUAACUUGAGGUUUCGUUCGACUCUGUUUUUGUUUGAAAACUUAAAUAGUAUCAAGUAAGGAAAUAAUGAAUAAAAAAUCCAAUAAGAAUUGGAUAUCUUUAGAUAUUAAAGUUGAUGAAGUGAAAAAUGAUUUCCCUGUUGGUACAAAAGUAACAAGAGAUAGUUUGAAAGUUUUUGCAGUGCCAAGCGAAACUAAGAAGGCAUAUAAUUUUUUUGAGAAAGUUAUUCCAACAAUUGAAUCUCAUCUAGCUGUACAUUCUAAGAAAAUAAAAGAGGUUGAAGAAUGGCUACUGCGAAAUGUAAAGGAUAAAUGUGGAAAGGGAACCACCUCAAUAUUACUGAUAACAGGGCCUGCUGGUUCUGGAAAAAGUGCAACAAUAAAUGUUCUUUGUAAUAAAUUAGAUAUCAGAAUUUCAGAAUGGGUUAAUCCUGUUGAUCAAGAUUAUGAAUUAUCUAAAGGGCCAGGACAGUCAGCACAAUUUUUAGAAUUUCUUGUACAAUCAAAAUAUUUAUCACUACUUGAAGACAGUGGUAAAAAGUUGACAUUGGUUGAAGACUUUCCAAAUUCUGUGAUACGUAAACCUGAUGAGUUUUUUACUAUAUUAGAAAAAGUUUAUUAUAAAGCAAGAUCUGCAAUUGUAUUUAUCUGUGCUGAUGAAGAUAUGAGUAAUAAUAUAUCUCAUCAAUUAUUUCCUCAAAAUAUUAGGGAUUUGUAUAAAAUAGAAAACAUAACGUUUAAUGCUUGUUCUGUUACUUUAAUGAAAAAUUCCUUAAAAAGAGCAUGCAGCUUAAUACUAGAAAGAUCAGAUUUGUUUACUCCCCCACAUAAUGAUAUUAUUGAGGCUAUUGUCAUAACAAGUUGUGGAGAUAUAAGAUCUGCUAUGAAUCAGCUUUAUUUUGCCUCUUUAAAGGCUUCUGGUAAACUUGAAAUGCAAGAGUGUACAAGAUCUAGUAAUAAACGGAAACGUUCGGCCAAACCAAAUGCGAAGUUGAAAAACAUGUGCAAAGAUGAAUCAUUGACAUUGUUUCAUGGUGUUGGCCGUAUAUUAAAUCCAAAACGAAUCGAUAGAGGUGAUGGAUCGUGGCGUUUAGAUGUUGACUUAGAGUCCCUAAUCACGACAUUCGCACCGAAUCCCAGGAAAUGCAUUUUAUUUUUACAGGAGAAUUACUUAAAGUAUUAUGGACAUAUAGGGGACAUUUCUGCAACUGCCGAUAUUUUAAGUUUUUCGCAAACAUUUUUCGAUAAAUGGUCAGAAGAGUACAAUAAAAUGAGAGCCUAUGGUUUGUGGGCGGCAGUUUUGGGAUCAAUGGUAUAUAAUGAACAUAAGGUAUCAAAGUGGAAUCAAAUAACCGGUCCUACCAGACUAGAAAAUAAGUAAGAAUUUUUACUAUAAAGCAAAUGCUUAAUCAUUAUAUCUUAAUAUAUGUAAGUUAAUUAAGUUUUGUGGCUUUU